UUGCCAGGGGAGACGGCUGUCGGGAGGCGGAAAGGAGCGGGCAGAUAGUCUGCCCUGCAGGCACUGGAGAUAUGGCGGCCGUUGUGUCUGAAUCUGGGUGUCGAAGCAGGUUCUCGUGUCCCGAGGUGCCAUCUGCCACCUUCUUCACCGCGCUGCUCUCGUUACUUGUGUCCGGGCCCCGCCUCUUCCUGCUACAGCCGCCCCUGCCACCCUCCGGUCUCUCGUUAGGGUCCGAUUGCCUGCGGAACUGGCAAGUUUACAGGCUGGUGACCUACAUCUUUGUCUAUGAGAAUCCAGUGUCCCUGCUCUGCGGUGCUAUCAUCAUCUGGCGCUUUGCUGGCAAUUUUGAGAGAACCGUGGGCACCGUCCGCCACUGUUUCUUCACUGUGAUCUUCGCCCUCAUCUCCGCUAUCAUCUUCUUGUCGUUUGAGGCUGUGUCGUCACUGUCGAAGCUGGGGGAAGUGGAGGAUGCCAGAGGUUUCACCCCAGUGGCUUUUGCCAUGCUGGGAGUCAGCGCUGUCCGCUCCCGCAUGAGGAGGGCCUUGGUGUUUGGCAUGGUGGUGCCCUCAAUGCUGGUGCCGUGGCUCCUGCUGUGUGCCUCCUGGCUCAUUCCCCAGACUUCUUUCCUCAGUAACGUCUGUGGACUUGGAGUUGGGCUAGCAUAUGGCUUCACAUACUGCUACUCCCUCGACCUCUCAGAGCGAGUAGCAUUGAAGCUCGACCAGAAGUUCCCUUUCAGCCUUGUGAGGAGGAUUUCGAUGCUGAAGUACAUCUCAGGCUCUUCAGCUGAAAGAAGGGCAGCCCAGAGCCAGAAGCUGAACCCUGUGCCCGGCUCUUACCCCACACAGAGCAGCCACCCUCACCUGUCUCCAAGCCACCCUGUUGCCCAGAUGCAGCAUGCCAGUGGCCAGAAGCUAGCCUCCUGGCCAGCCUGUGCUCCCAGUGCUGGGCACAUGCCCAGCCUGCCUCCCUACCAGCCUGCCUCUGGCCUGUGUUAUGUGCAGAACCAUUUUGGCACGACCCCUAACUCCUCCGGAGUCUGCCCGGGUUCCACAGGGGCCUCUUUAGGGGUCCAGCCCCCCACCCCUCUCAACUGCCCUGGAACUGUGUGUUCUGGGGCCCUGCCCACGCCAGUGACUGCAGCCUCCAAGGAGGGCUCAAGGGCCCUGAUCCCCUGAUGGGAAACUUCUAGGGAGAUUAUUGUACAUCUCAGCCUUCUGAAGAAGGUCCUCUCUGAGCUAAGGUUUCUUGACAAAAAAAUUAUUUAUUGAACACCUCUAUGUGCCAGGCUCUAUGUUAAGUACUUUGAUGUAUGUCUUUAUUUCAUCCUCAUGACAACUUUGUGAAGUACAGUUUAUUGUCCCCAGUUUAUACCUGCAUUAGCAAGGCUGUGAUUACAUGAAGUCACCUAGCUCUGUGUGGCACAGCUGCACUUCUUGGCUCCAGGCCCAGGCUCCUCCCACCUGCUGUCCUGCCACCCAAAGAAUACCUGGUUGUCAGUGGCUGUCAAUAACGAGUUCCAACUCUGCAUUUUCUUCCUGUCACUGUAUAGUGCUCCUGAUUGUAUGGUGUCUGUGUGUGUCUGCCCUUCUGGAGCUCCAAGGUGGUAUGCUCAGCAGCCCCCAGGCCUGGGUAGUGUUUCUCCCCUGCCGUGACUGCCCACUCCCCACCCCUUGAGACUUCUGCCCUGGAGUGGUGAGGAGGACCAGUGUGAACUGCAGCAGCAUGCUGGUGGUCCCAUAAUGUUCAUUACCUUUGUAUGAAGAAACAACCUGUAACCCGC